AACCGGCCAGCGCCCAAACAGUGCCCAUUCGGUUCACCGUCUCUCUUCUUGGUUCUUGCCGUUCGCACUCUCACACCACCACUACCACCACAGCACCUUUUAAAAGCCGCCCCACCACAUCCUGCAGCGCUGCACGCGAAGCUCAGCUCAGCUCAGCUCAUCAGCUCACGGUGGAAGAGGAGGCGGAGGAGGAGGAGGAGGCGCAGGAGAGGGAGCAGAAGCGCGCGAGGAGGUCAGGCCAGAGCCACGACCGCGGGAUAAUAAUGGCGUGCAUCAACAUGUACAACCCGGACGGCGCGGCGGGGUUCGGCGGCGGGCCGCAGCCGCCGGCGGCGGCGCUGGGCCCGCGCAUCUCCUUCUCCAGCGACUUCGCCGUGGAGCCGCCGCCACCGGUGCAGAACCGGGCGAUGAGCCUGCGGUGCCAGGAGGAGGACCUCAACUUCGAGUUCUCGGUGGGCAGCCACCCCAUGAUGGCCGCGGACCAGCUCUUCUCCAAGGGCAGAAUCCUGCCCCUCAAGGACAACGGCGCCUUCGCCGGCCGCCCGCCCACCACGCUCCGCGACGAGCUCCGCGGCGGCGACGACAACGAGAGGGCCUCCGCCGCCGGCAAGGGAUCCAGCCGGUGGAGGGAGAUGCUCGGCCUGCGGAAGGCGCUCUGCGUCGGCGGCGGCGGCAACGGCCCGGCCAAGGAGGACAAGGGCGGCGUCCCCGAUGCCGAUAUGGUCACCGCCGACAUGGCCGCGUCCAAUCAGCAGGAGCUAUGAUGGUGAGGUGACCGAUGGGGAAAGACGAGAGACAGGCAUGGGGCACAAAGCCACGCACUCCACAUGAAGCUUUUGUGUCCUCCCUCUCCUUCCUGAUGCUGUUGAUCAACCUCUUGAAUUGUGCUUGUCACCAUCAUCAUCAUCCAUGGGCUAGGUUUUGUAGAUUGUUGUGAGUUUGCUUGUGUGCUAGAUGGCCCGUUGAAAAGAGCAAAAAAAAUUGUGUAUUUUUUCCUGCAUAAGUGCUCUGAUCUCUCGAUCUCUAGCAAGCUGUCCACUAGCUCACUCGAUCCAUCCAUGGUCAGUCUUUGCUUCUUCUUCUUUCUUUCUUUCACUUGUUCUUGGCUUUCUCCACCCUGUACAAAGUGGCUGUGUAGAUGGGAAAUUUAUGGUGCAAUGAUUAGAUUUGCCAGGUGGCCAGAUCUGUGAAGUGAGGAGGCUGUAGUUACCAGUGAUGGAGCCUUUCUGGCCGCCCCUGUGUGGAUCAACAGUGCUCUCCUUUGUCUCGUUGCUCCGCUGGACGAGUAUAUAAAGAGGGACAAGAGCUUCAGAGCGA